GCGACCGUAGACAGGCUGAGCCCCCCCCCCGCUGCUCACUCGGGAUCCAUUCAUAAAUAAGACAUCGUUGGAGGAGGAUGCUCAUGUAAUCGCUGUCUGAUAGCUCUUUUACAAGCUUUUGGGACCACGCAGGGAACCAGACAAUGUCCACUUCGGGCUGUGGAUGCGAAUCGGGGGCACGGCCGAGAGAGCAGGACUGACUUCCCAUGGCUGACCCCCCUGCUGAUGGUUUUGACUUCAUGUGCGAGCCGUCAGGAGGCAGCUUGAUCCAGAUCAGAAUAUUUGUCCAGCCCAGAAAAAAAAUGCUCGUUUCCUCGCAGGGUUUGGUGUUUUCUACGUGUUUCCGCUUAACACAAAUAGUUCUAGGGUAAAAAAAAAAAAAAAGUCAACCACUUACAACCUAUUUUUUUUUUUUUUUUUUUUUUUUUUUUUUGGUAAUUUGUAAUUCAAUAAAUGAUAAUAUCUCAGUGGAGCAGAGGAGCUGACAUACCCAUGGAGCAGUGAGUUAUGGCAGCGAAAGAGGAACUGUACGCCAAAGUGACCCCGCGGAGGCAGCGCCAGACCCGGCCGAGCACAGUCAAACAUGGGUCCGCUCUGGACGUGCUGCUGUCCAUGGGCUUCCCCAAGACCAGGGCCCUGAAAGCUCUGGUUUCAACAGGAGGGAAAAACGUGCAGGCAGCUUGUGACUGGCUCUUCUCCCACGUGGACGACCCGUUCCUGGAUGACCCUCUUCCUAGAGAGUACGUGUUGUACCUGCGACCCAGUGGGCCUCUGCUUCAGCAGCUCUCGCUCUUCUGGCAGCAGUCCCGCCUCUCCUGCGGCAAGAAUAAGGCCCACAACAUCUUCCCCCACAUCACCCUCUGCCAGUUCUUCGUGUGUGCAGAUGGGAAGGUGGAGGCUCUCUCCGAUGCUCUCCAGACCACCGCUGCCAAGUGGAAGUCCCGUAUACCCGCGCCCCUCCCACUGGAGCUCUACACCUCGUCCACCUUCAUUGGUCUCUUUGUGGAGGAGCAGGUGGCCGAAGUGCUGAAGAGUUUUGCUUCGGAUUUUGCAGCUGAGGCUGCCGCGAAAGCAGACGUUCACAUCGAGCCGCAUAAGAAACAGCUUCAUGUUACCUUGGCGUACCACUUCCAAGCCAGUCACCUUCCCAUUCUGGAGAAGUUGGCCAAAAACGUGGAUGUAUCUUCAGGCUGCGACUGGCUGGCCGUGCUCUUCUCCCGGGAUAUUCGGUUUGCGAAUCACGAGACACUGCAGGUCAUGUACCCGUAUGCGCCUCAGAAUGACGAUGAGCUGGAGUUGGUGCCAGGAGAUUUUAUCUUCAUGUCUCCGGUGGAGCAGAGCAGUGCCAGUGAGGGCUGGGUGUACGGCACCUCGCUGGGUACCGGGAUGUCUGGCCUGCUGCCCGAGAACUACGUCAACCGUGGUGAUGAGUCCGACACCUGGGUCGUUCAUGGGUCUCAGUCUAUUCUCAACUGUGCCUCUCCAUCCAUCUCUGGCAGCACUGUGGGUGGGUUACUAUUUGAGGGACAGCUGAACGACAGUCUGCUAGACAGUCUCAUGGAUCCUCCCAGCCUCACCGGCCUCUGUUCCCCCAUGCAGGUGUCGAGGCAAACCACAGAGCCGUCUCUGUCCAAGAUGAGACUGUUUGUGUGUCGCCAUGGAGAGAGGAUGGAUGUGGUGUUUGGGAAACACUGGGUCACCCAGUGCUUUGACUCCAAAGGCCGAUACAUUCGCUCUAAUCUCAACAUGCCAUCCAGCCUGCCAGCUAGAAGCGGUGGUCACCGGGACUAUGACAAAGACUGUCCGAUUACUGUGUUUGGAUCCACCCAGGCCCGUCUUGUAGGUGAAGCCUUGUUGGAAAGUCACGCCAAAAUAGACUUUGUUUACUGCUCGCCUUCACUCCGCUGCGUCCAGACUGCACAGCACAUUCUGCAGGGCCUUCUGCAGGACGGAAAAACAAAAAUCCGCGUGGAGCCCGGAUUGUUUGAAUGGACAAAGUGGGUGUCAGGCACAUCUCUGCCCACCUGGAUCCCCCCAGCUGACUUGGCUGCUGCUAACCUGAGCGUGGACACAACAUACAGACCUCAUAUUCCCAUUAGUAAAUUGGCUGUGUCUGAGUCCUACGAUACCUACAUCAGCCGGAGCUUCCAAGUAACACGAGAGAUCCUGGCAGAGUGCAAAAACCUGGGAAACACGGUCUUGAUUGUGGCCCAUGCUUCCUCCCUGGAGGCUUGCACUCGCCAGAUUCAAGGCCUCAGCCCCCAGAACGCCAAGGACUUUGUCCAAGUGGUCCGAAAGAUUCCUUACUUGGGUUUUUGUGCUAGUGAAGAACUGGGAGAGACCGGGGUGUGGCAGCUGGUCGACCCACCCAUCUUGCCUCUCACACAUGGACCCAAUCACAGUUUCAACUGGAGGGAAAUGCUGAUGCAAGACUAAAGGAUGUGAUUUUUUUUUUUUUUGGCUCUCUAUGUUUCCGCAGACCUGAACUGCCCAAAAAAAUAUUUAUUUUUAACCCACACUGUUCUAAAUUCAGCCCUUCUACCAAAAAAACCCCCCAACAACAACAAAAACACACGUCUGGCUUCCUACAAAGACGACAUGCAAAAAAAUUGUACAUUCAAUGAAGCAAAUGUAUUCAAAGGCACUGCUCAGGAAGGAGAAAUGUCAGUUUUUUUGUGGAGAUCACAGCGUUAAUGAACUAGAGAUUAUAAGCACUUUGUCACGUUUCCCCUCAAUGUUGUGUUUCUUAUCCCUGAAUGUGGAGAUGCUACUAGAAGCCUGGAUGUUUCUUGAAGGUUGCCGAUGAUGAAUCAAGUUUUUAUGACACGAGAAGGUGUCGUCGAGACUUUUUUUUUCUGCAGCCUUCUCACACACUGUGACAAGAAUUAGAUGAGAGAAGCUGGUAAGACAGAAGUAUUUUUUCCACGCGUCAGAAACUAUUUGACUUGGAGCUAUGACCCUCCGGCGGAAGAAAGCACAAAAGAAAUGCUGACAAUCAGACAUGGGAAGAACUGAUCUUCAUUGUUUCUGGUGCUUAGCAGGGGAGUUUAUGAUUCCUGUUUUAUUCCUGUAAAUGUCAUAUAAUGAGGUGAUUCUUUUAAGUUAACAUUCAGAGGUGGGCACAGUUAAUUCACAUUUUUGAUCUGUUAACAAAGACGUUAACAUAGAUAGUUAAUCCGUUAAUUAAUCCAUUAAUACUCAACUGAAGUUAAAAAGUGAACGUUUACCGGUCAUAUCAAUAAAGAACAAAGACAUCAGCUUAUUCCAAAAUCAAUAUGUGAGUUCUUAAGAGGCCCUGAAAUCCCACACGUGUCUGUGUUGGAUAUCUACAAAUUUUCAUUUAUCACCUCCCCUGACCCGCAGAGCUGUCUGUGUGUUUUAUCAUUAACACCGUCAUGUUAACACCUGAUGUUCGGUGUAUAUCACUCAAGCUAAAACGAUAGAAAGCUUGGGUUCUUAUGACUCUGCCCAUGUAUACCAUUUGAAGAUUCGGCCAGCACAGCAGCCACAAUCUACACAUCUGUCAGACCACGGAGAAACAAACAAACAAUCUUAUGUGAGCUAGGCUACACCUCAUAAAUAUUCCAUCAAAAACAGUCCUGCUGCAGUCCACAUUACAGCUUAAGAUCCACAGAUUGAUUCAAAACUGCCGUGCCUUUUCAGCCGUUUGUGUUCUAAGCAUGCUGAACUUUUGAAUGACACCUCAUUUUGACCAAUCAGAACCUUCCAUUCACUGUUCCCCUACUUUAGCCAAUGAGAGGGUGAGUAGAAACAGGACUUUCUCUCUCUUCCCUCCAUGGCUGGUGUUACGACAUCAAGUGACACAUGAUGGAGAUGUGUCAGUUGAAAAAAAGGAAUGACAACACGGUCGGCGGUCUCGUCUCUUGGGAGAGUCAGGAGAAAAAGGGGUCAGCUGACUUGAGUUGGCUGAAGUGAACUCAAGUAACGGAAAAGACGUUAACCGAUACCAAAUUUGACUGAAAUUAAAUGUUCAGAUAAUCAUUUUUCAAAUUAACAACCAUGUUAAAAAUGAAUGAAAAAAACGAAUGGCAAUAAUUAACGGAUUAACGGACGUGUGCCCCGCUCUGUUAACAUUUAUGUGCCCACACGAAUCUUUUAACAUUCCUGUUACACGGUUUUGAUUACAGGCACAGGUGCAUAUGAGUGAAAAUGACAGAAGAAAAAUAAAUAUGAUGGAAUAAAGAUUGCUGUUAGGUUGUUAAUUUAAUGCAGACACAUUGAACUCUUGCUUCUUUAUCAUGACCCACACGCUCUAUGUAAGCCUGAUAACCACACUGCUUUUCAAAGACUUUUCUUUCGGCUAUGUCAGAUGAUGAUAAGUGCUUACUGCCUCGACCAGUUGUUUGUUGUAUGACUCAGAAAAUGUAUUUACACUUUCAAAAAAAUGAAUAAAGCAACGUUUGGGAGUUUGGAAGGCU